AUGUCAAUACUGCGGGUUCCUGCAGAAAUCCAGCAGAUGUUUUUGCAGGACCUUUGCUUGGCGUCGUUGGUCGCUCUCCACGACGCGUGCCGGGAAUUUCGGACCCUUUUAGCAUCUCUGGAUGGCUCUGUCAUUCGAGAAAAAGUCACCGAGCGGGUCCCGUGGAUGGAAAUAGGUCAGCCUGGCACCGGAUUGAGCUCGUGGAUGGACUGUGCUCGUCUAAUUGUUGCUCGGAGACAAUCCAUGAUCUCCUGUCCGCAAAAAUGGCUAGAUACGGUCAGAUACGGCGGUCUGUUGGGACGGAUUGUCCAGAACAUUGACCUGGUAUACAUUGAACCUAUAGAGCUGAACAACAAGGGACCAGGUCAGGAAUAUGAUACCCUUCCCUCGAGUUACAAGCCCGUCUUUUCUACUACAAUUCCCACUCCCUGCGGAGGACUUACUGGAAAGUACAUGGAGGUGCAGAGCGACAAGCACGAGGACGAUGAAGAACCAGAAACCAGGUACAUUGAUCUGACCACGUGCGAGUACCACCACGUUCACCCCCAUCCGCGCCCCAAACCGGCUACUUUGACCAAGACAAUGUUGAGUAAAAUAACCGCCUCGGGAGAAAGUGUAGCCAUCAUUCCCAACUCCGACGUCCGGGUGGUUGACCGGAAUGGACUGCUGUUCUUUGUGUUGCAAGAAACAUCCAAGUGGGUGGUGGUUCGCCAAAGUGGCGGCGUCGAGGGAGAGGUUUCGUCCACCAAGUUUGUCAUUGACAAGGACCGCACCGUGGUUCAACAAGAUGGACAGAAAUACCUGUAUUUCGACUCGCACACUCACGAGAACUGCUCCCGGGUCUCUUCGCCCAGCAGAUACACCGUGCUUCACGUUUUGCCCGACUCUCAAGGAGCCAUUGUUCUCGAGUAUCUGGAAGAUGAAGGGCUGUGGAUAUUCUACGAUAAUCUUUCCAGCGAUCAAGACAAGACGCUGCUGGUGUCGCUUCCUCUACAAAACGACGAUAUCUUUGAAACACUGGGCAACGAAAUGAGCCUUCAAGGCACUCGAAGGCAGCUCAUCGUCACCUAUGGAGGAAUGCUAUACUUUCAGUGGCGGCAGCGAUAUCUCAUUCCUUUGUGGAUCGACUUUGUCGACGAACCCGGGCUGCUCAACUCGUCGCAGCACACACUUGGCGGACUCCGAACAGACAUGAAGACCCUGCUGCUGGCGGCCAAGGAGAAGCCUGUCGCGUUUGGAGACGGACCACUGGAGUGGUAUGCUGAAGGAGUUGUGCAGUCUGAAAACCAACGGUGGGCCGUGCAAAAGACAACCGCAGGACGUACGAUUGUGGAUCUGAGCAGACAGAAGACGUAUAUUGUACGCACCGGAAACCGUACCGACGAGAAUGCGCGGUGGGAGGACUUUGUCAUCGUUGGACUUGAUGAAGCUCAACAGCUUCCAGUCUUUUACCUGUGUCACCUCGACACGAAUUGGCCCGACAUGUUUGGUAGCCUGGAUCACAAGUUGGCCUGUUUUCUACAACGGAGACGUGGCGAAGAGCACGAGGCAAGGCUAGAUUUGAAGGGCCAACAACGCAGAGGCGUGAUUCGUCCCAAUCCCCACGACCAGAACCAGAAGGGGGUUCCGCUGGAGUGGGAGAAUGAGUGA